UUAUUAACACAAACCUAUCCCAACACUCGUAGAAACAAAAACACACUCAAACUCACAAAGAAAACAACAAUGGCAUCCACCGACAAGUCACCGGAACCAACACCAGCAAAGGGUUCAGAUCCAACUCCCCCCGGUGAGGCAAUGACUAUGGGACAACACGUUGUGGACAAGAGUGCAAUGAUGGUUCAGAGUUUCAAACCCAUAAACCAGAUGAGUUGUCAUGUGUGUACCUUUGCAAUCUACAGCCAUGACAUGUCUCGUCAGAUUGAAACUCAUCACUACUGUACUCGUCUCACCAACAAGUUCCUUCAGUGUGCUGUUUAUGAUUCGGAUGACUCUAGUAAAGGUCGUCUUAUAGGUGUUGAGUAUAUCAUUUCUGAUGAUAUCUUUGACACUCUUCCUCUUGAGGAAAAGAAGCUUUGGCAUUCUCAUGCUUAUGAGAUAAAAUCAGCUUUGUGGGUGAAUCCUAGAGUUCCAGAGAUGGCUGCGAUGUCUGAGCUUGAAAAUCUUGCAAAAACUUAUGGAAAAUUCUGGUGUACAUGGCAGGUUGACAGAGGGGAUAGGCUUCCACUGGGAGCACCAGCCUUGAUGAUGUCACCACAGGCUGUGAGUCCAGGUUUGGUGAGACCAGAUCUGGUGCAUGAGAGGGAUGACAAGUAUAAUAUAUCAACAGAAAGCAUCAAAAAGUCGAGGGUUGAGAUUCCUGAGCCAGAGAUGAUUAAUCCAUUGGCUGACUAUUGGAAGCAACAUGGAAAAGGUUUCGUCAUUGACUUUGAAGAAACUGAGAUGAAAAAAAGGGCUCCUUUUCCUUGAACAACAUGAAAAGCUAUAUUUGUAUGUCAUCUUGAGUGAAUAAAGCAUGGUUAUGUAUUAUAUAUGCUUAUGAUUUAGAGGGUAAGGUAAUAAAUGUAUGAAGUGUUUGGCUAUGUGGCCUUACAUGUGAUAUUUCACUGUUUGUGAUAUGAGAAUGUUAAAUAAAAAUGGAUGACAUGGUGUUAUAUUACA